AUGUCAUGGGUGUUUGUCAUCUCUGGGACAACAGAGACAGAAUCUCUAGGCUUGGAAGAGGUUAACGGCCAAGAUGGCAAACUGAACUACCCUUGGCAUUCUGCAUAUCCUCCACCUCAGUGCAAGAGCCAAGACAGCUCGUGUGACAGUCAGGUAAAGGACUGGGAAAAACCCAUCCCAUUUUCCCUAAAUCCCGGGCACUCUUACAUGGGGAAACAUGAAGGAGCGAAGAAUAUGAUAUAUGCCAAAAGCUUGGCCAAGCACGCACCGGGGCUUGAGAAGGAAGCUUGGGAGUGUCAGGAACCAUUUUACAAAGAUGUGGAAAUUCCUGACAGCUUGUUCAAAGAAGAUACUUUGCAGUCCAUCACGGGCAAGAGCUUGGGGUUGGAUGCCUUUGCCUCAUGGGCUAAUGGCAAUGACCCUUACCUGGGAUACCCAGAGUACAGCAGGGGAGCGGAGCCCCCCCACGUGCUGCACAAGGAGGCCAUCUGGGACAGGCAGUUACAGUCCUUGCAGAUGGACUACAACACGCUCAAGGAAGAGAACGCAGUGCUCAAGGGGGUGGUGAAGAACAUGCAGAGCUCCCUGGAGAGCCAGGCAUGCACAGUACAGAAGCUGAAGGCCAGUCUGGUCAAAAAGGAAAGGGAAGCCCAAGAGAUACAGUCAUUCGUCCAGCAAACUCAGUGGAAUUUCCAACUAAUGACUCAGCGGGCUCUGGGAGCAGAAAGCAAGGUGGAGAAGCUGCAGCAGGAGAUCUUUACUCUCCAGAGAGAGCUGGAGAGCAGGAAGGCGAAGAACAAAAACCAGAAAGUGGGCCAAAUGAUCAGCCUGGAGGCAAUGAAGCGCAACAUAGACUUCACAGUGCAGAAGCUCUACAAGAUAGUAACGGGUGCAAACCAGUCCAUCAAGCAGCUCUCCUCCGGGGUGGAGUCGCUGCUGUUUGCUGCUGAGGUCCUUAAAUCUACCGGCAUCAUUUCCGAAGUGGAAACAGAAAUAGAGCCAUAA